AUGGAGCGUGAGCUGGUGGGCAGCGGUUGGCCAAGCGUGGCCCUCGUUGAUAGUGGCGCGGCCCGCACUGUGAUCGGUGCGUCGCUGGCCGCGUUGCUGCUGGGUUGCGCACGUCACAGGGUGCGCGAGGCCGUGGGGAAGCAGUCGCGAUCGCCACCCUCAGUCCGACUACGUGGUGCGGGAGGCCGCCCAUUGGUAGUGCUGGGCGAACUGGGAGUUCAUCUAGGCUUUGUUGAUACAGAAGGCGAGCUAUGGUCGAUCGGGUCGAGUGCCGUGGUGGUGGACCAUGAGCUCGUCACGGACGUCGUGCUCGGGCGCAGCGAGCUUGACCGGGUGCAAGGAGCAUGGAUUCGAGGAGCCGCUGCCGCAGAAGGUGCGGAUGCCAUGGUUUGGUUCCCGAACCAUACCGGUCGCUCGCCGGUGGCGUUCGUGGGAUCCGGGCAGAGCAGCGUGGAAGACCUGCAAAUGGCGGUCAUCGGAAAGGACAGCGGGCCACCCGCAUGCGGCCGGCGAGCCACAGUGUUUGGCGCUGACACGGAAGUCAGCGACCGCAAGGCGCAGUACGACGAAGCGUACCUCGCCCAGCGGAUUGCAGACACCCGGGUAGCUCUGCGGGAGCAUGGAGUAGAGACAGCGUUGGGCACCGCGGGGUUCAGAUCGUUGAUGGAGGCGGUGUGCGAGUACCCGUUCAUGUUCGAUCUACGGCGCAACGGAGAGAUUCAGCCCACCGCGCCAGGUCUUGAGCUGGACAUCGCGGGAUUUUGGGCCUGA